AUGACUUUGUCCAAGAGACGUGCUUUAGAAACACUUCGCCGUUUACGGGAAGAAGGAGGGUCUCGUCUUCAAGAAUAUGAGAUUCAAGAACCAAGUAUCAUUUAUGAUGAGGUUACAGAAGAAAUUUAUCAAUCCGAAGUUAAGAAAGUGACAGAAAUGGUCGUCAAUGAUGAUGGCACUCAAUAUAUAACAGAAGAAUUAGAUGAUUUGGGACAAAAAUAUACUGAUGAUUCGGAGUAUGAGGAUGAUCCAGCAGAUGGGAAACGAAAAAGAAAAUCUUUAGAGAACAUAACUGAUGUUAAACCCAAUACAACUAUCAACAAUUACUUUUUACGUGCAGCCAUUUCAAGUAAAAUGACAAAACCUAAAAAUACAAAGUCUACCAAAGAAGAAUCCGAAUUCAUUUGUCAAAACAAAUUCGAUAAUGUUUCUUUAAAUCAACCGAUAAAUUCGAAUAAUGAUCAAGUCAAAUGUCCCAUAGAUAAGGAAUUCAUUCAAUCGAUGCAAGAGAUAUCAUUUGACAAUGAAUUUUGUUAUCAAAACAAAAUUGUUGAUGAUAAACAAGAGAACUUUAUCCAAGAGGAGUCUUCGUUUGACAAUGAAUUUAGUUAUCAAAACAAAUUCGAUAAUGUCUCUUUAAAUCAACCGAUAAACUCGAAUAGUUCCUUAAAUGAUCAAGUCAAAAGUCCCAUAGAUCAUCAAUCAAAUAAUUGUUACCAAUUAUUUUGGAUAGAUGCAAUCGAAAAGGCCGGAUUAGUAUAUAUAGUUGGGAAAUUGUUUGAUAGUAAAUGCAAUUCAUAUAUAAGUUGUUGCGUCACUGUCAAAAAUAUCCAUAGAAACAUUUUCGUAUUGCCAAGACAAAAAAAACUUGAUGAGAAUGAUCAUGAAACUGAAAGUGAAGUGACAAUGGAAGAUGUUGGUAGCGAAAUUUAUAAUUAUGUUAACAUGGAAUUAAAGGUUUUGCAACUUUUCACGAAACCAGUCCGCCGUAGAUACGGAUUUGAAUUACCAGACGUUCCUGCAGAAACACAAUACUUGAAAGUGAUGUACCCGUUUAAACAGGAAGCUUUACCUAAGAACUUGAGUGGAAAAACCUUUAGUCGUGUUUUUGGUACGAAUACUUCUGCACUUGAGUUAUUCUUAUUGAAACGCAAAAUUAAAGGCCCGUGUUGGUUGGAAAUAAAAGAUGCGUUGGUAGAAACUUCGAAAAUUUCAUGGUGUAAACUUGAGCUUCUCGUUGAAGACCCUAAAAGCAUUAACCCUUUGAAUGAAUCGAAUUUGACCGAGCAUAUUAAACCACCUCCAUUAACAAUUAUGUCAUUAAGUUUAAGGACAAUAUUAAAUGAACAAAAGCAAGUUAACGAAAUAGUUGCUUUUAGCGUACGAUUUUAUCCAAAAGUAUCAUUGGAUGAAACCGUUCCGCCCGAACAGUUACAGCAUCCUACACAAUAUUCUGCAAUUCGUCAAUUGAAUAACCAGCGAUAUUGGCCUCGCUCUUUCGAAGAGCUCGUAAGGGAAGAAAAGCAAAAAGGACUUCGUUUAAAUUUGGAAACGAAUGAAUUUUCGUUAAUCAAUUACUUAUUAGGUUGGGAUUUUAACUUCUAUGUGAUGAGAGAUAUAUAUAUUACUUAUAUUUAUAAAACUUCAACAGCACUCAUCAAACAGUACGAUCCUGACAUUUUUGUUGGACAUAAUUUUAUUGGAUUUGACCUUGAUGUUUUGUUACAUCGUUUAAAGAUGCUAAAGAUUAAAGACUGGUCUUGUCUUGGAAGAUUUCGAAGACAUGAAUGGCCAAGGCAACAUAGUGGGUCAGAGGUAUCAUUCGCAGAAAAAUCGAUCGUAAACGGUCGACUGAUUUGCGAUACCUAUCUAAAUGCAAAAGAUCUUAUUAAAUCCAAAAACUAUUCAUUGACGGAACUUGUUUCGUCACAAUUAGGCAAACUUCGAAAAGACAUUGAAUAUGAUAAAUUUUCAACGUAUUACGGACGAGCUAAGGAUCUAUUAUAUCUAGUAUGUCAUUGCUGGAAUGAUGCUAUUCUCACAGCAGAACUUAUGCUCAAGCUUCAGAUACUGCUCCUUACUAAACAAUUGACGAAUUUGGCUGGCAAUAUAUGGUCAAAAACUCUUGCUGGAGCUAGAGCAGAGCGUAAUGAAUUUCUUCUCCUACACGAAUUUCAUCAACACAAAUAUAUUUGUCCAGACAAAGAAUAUAAGAAAAAUCAAGAGCAAAUUAAUACGAAUGUUGAAGAUGAGCAGACCGAAACCAAAAAGAGUGGACGAAAAAAACCUACUUACGCUGGAGGUCUUGUGCUAGAGCCUAAGAAAGGAUUUUAUGAUAAUUAUGUUGUCCUUUUGGAUUUUAACAGCUUAUACCCUUCAAUUAUUCAAGAAUAUAAUAUAUGCUUUACUACAGUAGACAGAGUUGGAAUGGAGAAAGAUGAUAUUACUCCUGAGGUACCUGAUUCGAGUUUACCACAGGGUGUUCUCCCAAAACUGAUUGCGAAUUUAGUUGAGCGAAGAAGAAUGGUAAAAAAUCUUAUGAAGGAUCCAAAAGUAACCCCAAGCGAACUUGUCGAAUAUGAUAUUCGUCAAAAGGCUCUUAAACUUACAGCAAAUAGUAUGUAUGGUUGUUUGGGUUUUCCUUUCUCCAGGUUUUAUGCCAAACCGUUAGCUAUGUUGAUCACUUCUAAAGGUCGUGAGAUCCUGGAAAAUACUGUUAAGUUGGCUGAGAGCGAAAAGAUGGAGGUCAUUUAUGGAGAUACGGAUUCAAUUAUGAUUAGCACUAGAGCAACAGAUAUAAGAGAAGCAUCAGAAGUUGGUAAUAUCUUAAAGAAGAAAGUCAACGAGCGAUACAAAUUGGUUGAACUUGAAAUCGAUGGGUAUUUUGAGAAAUUACUUCUGCUCAAGAAGAAAAAAUAUGCGGCAAUCGUUAUUGAAGAAAAAAACGGUAAUUUGAAACGUUCGUGUGAAAUGAAAGGUCUCGAUUUGGUUAGAAGAGAUUGGUGUGACUUGGUGCACCAAAUUUUAUCAUCUUGUGAUAGAGAAGUAGUAGUUAAUAAUAUUCAUGCUUACUUGAGAGAAGUGGGAGAGCACACACGUUCCGGGAAAUACCCUAUUUAUUCCUUUAUAAUAAAUAAAAAUCUUGCAAAGCCACCCGAAGCUUAUCCUGAUGUUAAAAUUCAACCCCACGUGCAAGUUGCAUUGAGAAUGAAAACGAAAGGAUUAAAUCCUCGAACGGGAGAUACUAUUCCAUAUGUCAUUUGCCUAACGACUGAAGAAUCUGAUAAAAGUAUUGCUGAACGAGCUUUUCAUCCCGAUGAAAUAGGCGGAUCUAAUUUACAAAUUGGACUUGAUCCAUCAAAAUUCAAAAGUUCAUCAAAUUCGGCAAAGUCGUCAUAUCAAAUCAGCUCAAAAAUGCCGAAAGAAGAACGUUUCAAGGGUGUUGAAAACUUUAUACCAAAAUGUAUAUAUUGUGAUGCAUCUAAUACCGUUGAAUGCUUAAGUCCACAAAAGGAAGGGGUAGUUAAAUGUAGUGGAUGUAACAAUAUUAUCCCUUUUGCUUCGAUCUUGACACAACUAACUUUCAAAGUUCGGACACAUGUUAAAAAAUAUUAUAAUGGUUUGAGAAUAUGUGAUGAACAAAGUUGUUUGUAUAAAACUAGACAAAUCACUUAUUCAAAGAAUUGUAUUAAUCGAGGAUGUAAUGGAAAGAUGAAAGUUGAGUACGACGAACAAAUGUUGUAUAUCCAGUUACUCUACUUAUCUCAAUUAUUUGAUAUGGAUAAAGCGCGAAAUAAUGGUGCUAAAAUUGUAAAUGAAGUCGCCAGAUUGAAAGGCUCAGUUGAUAAAUAUCUGGACCAAAAUGCAUUACGUUAUGUAAAUUUAGGAGAGUUAUUUGCUGUUGAUUAA